GCAGUACAUAGGGGUGUGAAGAGAGCUGGACUCCCACUCGUGCAGGAAAGAGGGCCAGCUUCGUGAAAGUCAGUAGUGGACAUACCAGCAGCAACGGAGAACUUGAGCGGAAAGAGAAAGAGAAAAUCCGUAGACAAGCAAGCAAGGCCGAAAACAAGCUUGUGGUACAGCAGAGUCGCCGUCUUCGCCAUGUUGCCCAACUUCAGCAGCCCCGAGGAGGCCGUGGUGUGGAUAGAGAGCCUCUGCCGCGCCUUCCCAACGAACCCCAAGGAGGCCGAGGUGGCCCUCACCGAGCUGCACAGGUCGGACCACGCCGUGGAGGUGUCCAAGAUCAUACUGGAGCGAUCUCAGAUGCCCAUGGCGCAGUUCCACGCGCUGCUGGCCCUGCAGGAGGCGGUGCUGGCCCGGUGGGACUCGGUGCCCCCGGCGAACCGACGGGCGCUGAAGGGCUACCUGUGGGAGUUCCUCUGUCGCGAGUGGGCCAGGCUGGAUCGGUCCGUGGUCUCGCAAGCGCUGCGCACGUUUUGCGUUUUCUGGAGGCGUGGCUGGGCCGCCGAGACGAGGAAAGCGAAGCUGUCGCUGUUUGCGCUGCUUCAGCAGGGGGCCUCCGAGGGAGGCGCCGCGGCUCUGCGAAGCGCCAAGGCCCUCUUCUCCCUGGUGUCCGAGUUCAGCUCCACGCGGGCCACCGCCCUCGGGCUCCCUUUGGAGUUCUUCCGCGCCACACACGCAGCUUUCAACAAGUUCGGGUUAGAUCAGAGCCUGGCGCUCUCGAUGGAGCUGCUGGGGGAGACGGUAAAGGUCGUCGCCACGCCGGAAGCCCUGUCGGAUACGUCGGUACUGGAGCUCGUUACGACGGUCGUCAACGUGUGCGCGGAGGUGCUGUCGUGGGAGUUCAAGUACGUGGAGGCGUGGCAGAUACCGCCGGCGCAGCAGCUCAUCCGGCCGGGGCCUCGGUGGCGGACGUACCUGGUCCGGCCGGACUUUCUCGGAGCCGUGUUCAACGUCUACCAUCGGGUCCGUCUUCGGGGUACCGCCGGCCCCGGUGGCACCCUGCCCCACGCCCUGCGGCAGCUGCUGCUGCAGCUGUCGUCGGUGCACGGGGACAUCUUCGAGAACGACGACCAGCGUAAGGCCUACGCGUCCUUCCUCGUGGAGGGAGCCGCCGCCGUUCUCGCAGCACCCUUCUCGUCCGCGGGCGUUCGUCAAGAGGGGGCUCAUCAAGGGGCGGCGGAAGCUGCGGCGGAGGAGGCACAAGCGGACGAGUACAUCGGCAUCGCCAGCAUGGCGGUGCGGCUCGUGUCUAACUUCAAGCUCUCUACUCUUGGCCAGCUAGACUCCUUCGCAGCGUUCGCGCAGCACCUGGCCGCUCUGAGCUCGAGGAUGCUGCACGAGUCGAAGGCCCUCGCCGGACGAGAUGAUGAUGAGGACGUCGGGUGGAGGAGAGAGACAUUCGCCCUCCUGCUGGAGUCGUGGGUGGCGAUGGCUGAGGACUUCGAGGUUACCAGCGGGGAGAACCAGGGCAUGAGGAAGGGUAUGCAGGAUGCAACGUUCCCGCUGUACGAGCAGUACCUCGAGCACGAGCUGACGGUCAGUCGUGUCGAGGCGGAGGCAAGCGUGGGGCACGAAGAGGACGAUGAGGAGGAGGAGAUCGGGGCCGCGGACAAGGACGAGCAGAUGUGCUCCGCCGCCUGCCUGGGCCGGCUGAGCCUGGCCCGAUCCCUCGCCGCCGUCGAUGUCCAGGUAAGGGGAGUAUCGGAAGUCCUGUCGAGGCUUCUCGAAACGGGUUCGGUGAACGGACAGCCCGGACUGCUCCCCGGCGGUCAGGAGCUGUCGCCGGCGGCUACGGGCGUGAUGGAGCAAGCGAGGACGGCGGUGGUUCUCGCUGCCCACCUCGUCGCCGAUAAGGACGAUAGCAUGGUGCCCGAGAGGCUGCACACCGUUCUUUUGGUGGACGAUAACGCGGCUGAACUACUUGUGAGUCUGGUGCACAGCCUCCUUUACCUACUCGACCUGCACGUCACUCUUCUCGAGAGAGGGGCGCAGCAGCAGGUUGCGGGUGGAGGGGGGGGGUGCUCUUCGUGGAGCCCUCUGCUGAGCCCCUACCUCGGGGGCGCCUUGCUUUGGUGCCUCACGCGUUGGGCUAGCGGGUACCUGUUCGCGGACUUGAGCCUGUAUGAGGAGACGGAGCACGCCGGGUUCUCACCGGACCAGGCUCUCACAUCACCAAGCGCGAAGCGCCGUGAGAUAUUCGGCGAGUCGCAUGAAGGGUGCGCUGCAUCCUGCUAA